CGUACCUGGUCCAGACCAGUUUGACGAUUUGAUAGACCAACACAAUGCGAAACCUGACGGCAUUGGCAAUUCUCGCUGUUUCAGCUCUGGCCAUCACAGAGGCGGCUGUUUACAUUGGCGGAGGUUGUUACGAUUGUAAUCCGCCCGGAGGCCAGGGACCCGGUGUCUACACAGGUGUCAACGGAGGACGUGGAGGUGGUGGUGGCGGAGGAAACUAUUACAGCAACGGCGGAGGCGGAAGAGGCGGUGGAGGAGGUGGUCGGCCAGUUUAUUCAGGCAACUUUGGACCUGGCUAUAGUAAUGGCGGAGGUGGAGGUGGCGGUGGAGGAGGCUAUGGUGGCUACAGAGGCGGUGGCGGUUACGAUGAUGGCGGUAUAACGCAGAUUAUAAGGGCCUGAGAAUAUAAUCUGAGGCUUUGCUAACGCUAAACCCCGCAAAUGAGCAAACGCCGGCUGAUUUUUAGAUUGUAUAUAGAAUAAAAAAAUAACAAAAUGAUAAGGCGCGUGUUUAUUACAAGGAAUGUACAAAAUUACAAACUAGAAAAUAUUUUAUAACAAAUAAUUGUGUUUAGCUGUAGGGGAAAAACUAACUUUUGCAGUGUAAACAGAAAAUAUGAAGUUGUAUUUCGUAAUUUUAACUCAUAUUCCAUCGUAUAAGUCCUUUCAAUUGUUAAUUAACCUCAUUAAUAACGCUUAAAUAUGGAUAAUACAAUUUUAUUAACGCCUUGUUUAACAUUUCCAAAAAGACGGAAAAUCGUUUAAUUUAACUCAAUAAAAAGGCCUUUUCGUUGA